AUGAUUACCUGCGACUGUCAGCGCAAGAAGGAAGAAGUGCGAUGCAAUGCUCGAGCCAAUGCGCCUGAGCCCGCGUUGCGACAGACAUGCCUCAAAUGCGACGAAGAGUGUGCCCGGCUCGAACGAAACCGGGCUCUGGCCCUUGCUCUGCACAUUUCGGAUGACCACACUGACGACCAUGUGCCUUAUUCAACCACGACGCUGAACAUGUAUCUGGAAGAUGUGGCAUGGGCGCACAAGCAGGAAGAAAUUCUGCGGCUGUUCGCAGCGGACGAUUCUGAGAAGAGAUAUCGGUUCAAACCAAUGAAAAGUCGACAACGUGCUUUCAUCCACAGCAUCGCAGAGGAUUUUGGGUUUGACAGUGAAAGUCUGGAUCCUGAGCCCCAUCGCCAUGUUGUGUUGUUCAAGACCCCCAAAUUCGUGUCGGCACCCAUGAAAACUCUGGCUCAAGCGGCGAGGAUAAAACGGGGACAAUUGAACGUGGCCGCACCGAUUCAUUCGACCGCUGAAAAGAAGGCUGAUGAAGUCAAGCACGAAUACAACGGGUUCCUUCUACUCAAGCCCAGGUUUGCCCUGACCGAGGACGAACUACGGCCAGUGAUCAAAAAGUCUGCGCCUGAUACCAAUUUCGACAUCUUCUUUCUACCUCAGGAUGAAGGUGUUGCACUGAUUCCAUCCAUGACUUGGGACACGCCUGAGCAGCUGGUCACCCGCCUGACGAGCCUCCAACCCACCAUUAUCGGUGCCGUGACCAAGGAUAACCUGGCUGGGUCGGUGGUGCUCUGUCAUUUUGACACAGAAGGACCAGAACCCAAAGUGCUCCGGCAACAAGGCAAACCGGUCACAAAUGAGAUAAAUGGAUGGUCACAAGUGGCAGCGCGGCGAGCCGCUCCCGCUCAAGCACCCCAAGUCAAGCCGGUCGGACAGAAACCAGUUUACACGGUGCUCGGUAGUCGAUUGGCCGAAGCCAAAAGGAAGAAGCAAGAGCAUGAGGAGUUGUUGCGCAAGAAGGCUCAAAAGCAGGAAGUGGUGGAUGACUGGGAGCAGGAGGUUGAGCGCGAGGAACAAGUUGAAGCUGAACGAAGAGCCAGUCUAGAGAGUGCAGAUGGUGUUGAUGAGGCCCAAACAGCGGAGAAAGCAUGA